AAUGCUGCGUCUCCAGCCCGCGGGACGGCAGCUGGAGCUUAGGGUGGUUCGAGGGACCCGGGGGCCGGAGAGGGCCACCAUCGAUGAGGUGGAGACGGACGUGGUCGAGGUCGAGGCCAAACUGGACAAGCUGGUCAAACUGUGCAGCGGCAUGAUUGAGGCCGGCAAGGCCUAUGUCACCACCAACAGGCUCUUUGUGAGUGGCGUCCGCGACCUGUCCCAGCAGUGUCAGGGCGACACUGUCAUCUUGGAAUGUCUGCAGCGGUUUGGAGACAGCCUGCAGGAGAUGGUCAACUACCACAUGAUCCUCUUUGACCAGGCGCAGAGAUCCGUGCGGCAGCAGCUUCACAACUUUGUCAAGGAGGACGUACGGAAGUUCAAGGAAACCAAGAAGCAGUUUGACAAGGUGCGGGAGGACAUGGAGCUGUCCUUGGUACGGAACGCCCAGGCCCCAAGGCAUCGGCCCCACGAGGUGGAAGAGGCCACGGGCGCCCUCACCCUCACCCGAAAGUGCUUCCGCCACCUGGCACUGGACUACGUGCUCCAGAUCAACGUUCUCCAGGCCAAGAAGAAGUUUGAGAUCUUGGAUUCUAUGCUGUCUUUCAUGCACGCCCAGUACAGCUUCUUCCAGCAGGGCUACAGCCUGCUGCACCAGCUGGACCCCUACAUGAAGAAGCUGGCGGCCGAGCUGGACCAGCUGGUGAUCGACUCUGCAGUGGAAAAGCGCGAGAUGGAGCGCAAGCACGCAGCCAUCCAGCAGCGGACGCUGCUGCAGGACUUCUCCUAUGACGAGUCCAAAGUGGAGUUUGACGUAGACGCGCCCAGCGGCGUGGUGAUGGAGGGCUAUCUCUUCAAGAGGGCCAGCAAUGCCUUCAAGACAUGGAACCGGCGCUGGUUCUCCAUCCAGAACAGCCAGCUGGUCUACCAGAAGAAGCUGAAGGACGCGCUGACGGUGGUGGUGGAUGACCUCCGCCUGUGCUCCGUGAAGCCCUGUGAGGACAUUGAGCGGAGGUUCUGCUUUGAGGUCGUGUCACCCACCAAGAGCUGCAUGCUGCAGGCUGACUCAGAGAAGCUGCGGCAGGCCUGGGUUCAAGCUGUGCAGGCCAGCAUUGCCUCUGCCUACCGUGAGAGCCCAGACAGCUGCUACAGUGAGAGGCUGGACCGCACAGCGUCCCCAUCCACGAGCAGCAUCGACUCGGCCGCAGACUCCCGAGAGCGCAGUGCUAAGGGCGAGAGCGUGCUGCAGCGUGUGCAGAGCGUGGCAGGCAACAGCCAGUGCGGUGACUGCGGCCAGCCGGACCCCCGCUGGGCCAGCAUCAACCUGGGCGUGCUGCUCUGCAUCGAGUGCUCGGGCAUCCACAGGAGCCUGGGCGUCCACUGCUCCAAGGUGCGGUCCCUGACACUGGACUCAUGGGAGCCAGAGCUGCUGAAGCUGAUGUGUGAACUUGGAAACAACACCGUGAACCAGAUCUACGAGGCCCAGUGUGGGGGUAGCAGGAAGCCCACAGCCAACAGCCCCAGGCAGGACAAGGAGGCCUGGAUCAAAGACAAAUAUGUGGAAAAGAAGUUUCUGCGGAAGCUGCCCACGGCACCGGCCCGGGAGGCCCCGAGGCGCUGGCGGGCUCAGAAGUGCCAGCGCCCCCACAGCUCCCCCCGUGCCCCCACCACCCGCCGCAAGGGCCGGCUGGAGCCUGUCCUGCCCUCCAUUGCUGCUCUGUCUUCAGGCACUUUGGAGCGCAAGUUCCGCCGGGAUUCCCUCUUCUGCCCAGACGAGCUGGAUUCCCUCUUUUCCUACUUCGAUGCAGGGGCUGCUGGGGCUGGUCCACGCAGUCUGAGCAGUGACAGCGGCCUGGGGGGCAGCUCCGAUGGCAGCUCAGAUGUCCUGGCCUUCGGCGCGGGCUCCCUGGUGGACAGCGUCACUGAGGAGGAGAAUGUGGAGUCAGAGGAGUCCAGCAGCGAGGUGGACGGGGACGCUGAGGCAGAGGCCGAGGGCUGGAGCCUGGCUGACGUGCGUGAACUGCACCCUGGGCUCCUGGCACACCGUGCGGCGCGCACCCGCGACCUCCCCGCGCUGGCCGCGGCGCUGGCCCAUGGGGCCGAGGUCAACUGGGCCGAUGCGGAGGACGAGGGCAAGACCCCGCUGGUGCAGGCUGUGCUGGGGGGCUCCUUGAUUGUCUGUGAAUUCCUUCUGCAAAAUGGAGCCGAUGUGAACCAAAGAGACAGCCGGGGCCGAGCACCCCUGCACCAUGCCACACUGCUGGGCCACACUGGCCAGGUCUGCCUGUUCCUGAAGCGGGGGGCUGACCAGCAUGCCCUGGAUCAGGAGCAGCAGGACCCACUGACCAUCGCGGUGCAGGCGGCCAACGCUGACAUCGUCACACUGCUCCGCCUGGCGCGCAUGGCCGAGGAGAUGCGUGAGGCCGAGGCACCCCCCAGCCAACCAGGCCCCCUGGCGGCCAGCAGCCCCACGGAGCUCCAGUACCGCCGGUGCAUCCAGGAGUUCAUCAGCCUCCACCUGGAGGAGAGCUAGGGCCGGGCAGGCCGGGCAGCCGCGGGACCCCUGCCCCGGCCUGGACGCCCUGCAUGCCCCUGAAGAUCCCGGCCCGGCCAGGCUCGGCCCUGCCCGUGAUAACCAUGGGCCCGUUUCCGGCAGCCCCAGUGCCCAGGCGCUGCUGGAGCCCCUGCUCGCUGCCCUUCUCUCCUUCCACCUACCCGGACCCCCGGGAUGGGAGAGGGACCAGCACUGAGUCUUUUGAAGCCCCACGUUUCCGGAGCGUGCUGCACCGUCUGGUGUCCCUCACCCCACCUGAGGACCCCGUCUUCAGGUGACCCUUCUUUGGGGGCCUGGGUUGCUCACGUCACAAACCACUCUCAAGACCCGUGUCACCUUGUGCCCCUGUGUCCUCAGGGCCUGUGUCACCUCGUGCCCCACUUUUACCACCCCAGAACACUGACCUAUAAGCUGGGUCCUUCCCCCACACCCCAGAACUCCUAAGGCCCUGGGGCUGGUGGCUGGCCACCAGUACCCUCCCAGGGCAGGAGGGACAGUCCAUCCAGGGAACCAACCCGAGUACCUCACUUAGUGACCCUAGCAUCCAGGCUGGGCUUUCGCGGGUGCUGGUGGGUGGGCCUCUGGCCUGGGCCCUCAGCCCUGGCUGGAUGCAGGCAUCCCAAGGCCACGUGGCUGGCCACGAAGAGCCCUGGUGUGGCACAGCCCAGACCCAUUCCUGCCUCCCCUGGAGGCACCUUGUCCCGGUCCUUGGCCCAGAGCCCAUGCAUAAAGCAACUUUGGCACUUUCCGCCCAGCAUCUGAUGCUCUUUGUUACGGACUGCAACUGUGUGGGUUUUGUACACACUGAGUGCACUCUGUGUCUCACGUCUUUCCUCUGUGGACUCUCGAGGACCACCUUGGCCCAGCUCUGCCCACCUCACCCCCUGUGCUGGGCCCUCCAAUGGGUCCAGGGGUCCCCCGGCCCAUUUCGCAGUCCCCACUGAUGUCUUCGCACCUUUUUCUGAAGGAGCCCUGGGCAGAGGCUGGCCCCUUCCCAACAAUGGUCUCUUGGUCAGGCUGAGGCUGGUGGGAGGGUCACUAUGCAAACGCUGCCCAGGAGGCUCCAUCGCUGGCGAGGUUGGCACUGGACUGGGGCCCCCAACUCCCUUGCCUGCUGGCUGUGACCCCUAAAGAGCAGAAUUAACCCCUUCCUCUCCCUGCUUGAGCUCUGCCCCACCUCCCACCCCUCUGGGCCUUGGGCUGGCGGGACCCAUGCCCUCCUGCCCCGAUCGCUCACUGUUAAUAAACCUCUGCUGCUUGUG